AUGGCCAUGGCCAAACUUGAUCGGCGGCCUGGCCAUGCCAGGGGGAGGAUCGUUCCAAGCGCGCUAUUAAAGGAUUGUGAGUUUCUUAUUGAGGAGUAUGCUACAAUAGUUGAAGGAUUUUCAGUGUUCCCACGUUCAUUUCCACUUCUGCACGUGAGGUACGAAGAGAUGCAGAUGAACUUGAGCGGCGUCCUGGGUGAUGUCGGAAGGUUCUUGGACGUCCCCUUCGACGACAUCGUGGAGUCCAGUGUGGAGAAGUUGGCGGGCCACGGUGAGGAUUUACGUGCCCGGAUAACGAAUUUCAAAGAGGUGUUUGAAUACAUGAGCAAAUCGAAGCCGUGUUUGUCACCAAUGCUUGCGUCUGACAAGGCAGAGGUGUUUCCGCGUUGCACAUGA